AUGCUCUUUGAAGAGGUGCCAGCCUGUCCUGACAUUCUGCUUCUGGCUGAUGAGAAGUUCGACUUUGAUCUUUCGUUGUCUUCCUCCAGUGCAAACGAAGAUGAGGACGUCUUUUCUGGACCUGUUGACCGAAGAGAGAGGUGUCUGGCUGCCAGCAGCGAAUCGAACGGUCCAAGCUCUGAAGAAGCUCUGCCAGCAUCGGGGAGUCGCGUUCCUUGGAGCCCUCUGGCAGGCGAGACGUUUGCGCAAGUCUGCAAAGAAGCUCACCUACUGGCCUUGCAGAUCAAGGGCAGCAGCAAAACCAGGGGCUCUGGUGCCACCAAGCCUGGAGGCCCCAGAGGCCAGGGCCCGGAAAUAUUUGUGCAGGAAUCAAAAUUGAAAAUAAACCUCUUCGAGCAAGGAAAUGAGAUGAAGAAGAGCCCCACGUCACUGAAGAGGGAAACGUACUACCUGUCAGAGAGCCCUCUGAUGGGCCCGCCACACGUGGAACUUCAGCCCCCUGAAGGCCUGGCCCCGUGCCCCGGCCGCGCUCCUGCCCAGGCCAGCCUCACCCGCACGCAGCAGCCCCGUCCCUCGGCUCGCUCCUCUGCGGCUGUGGCAUCAAGUGCCGCUCACCGUCCGAGUCAGGCGGUGGUGCAGAGAAAGACCGCCAGCAGGUUGCCCCCGCCCCGAGCUUCGUUGCUUCGAGGGAGGAGCCAGCCCUCGGCCGCGGAGAAGCCCAAGAGAGAGAGGCCGGCUAGUCCUUCCCGGAUGAAGCUCCAGAAUAAUGGGUCCCGCCCGGAGGAGCCUGCAGCGGCCCUGGAUGCUGGCACCAUGCCGGCUGGCAGGAGCCACUUGGUACCAGGCAAGAGAACGCUGCCUGGGCCCGCCAAGUUGGGGCUGAAGAGGACCCUAUUGAAGCCACCUGGCCGCACUGGCUGUCUUGCAAAAAAGGCCUCUUCCUCGGGGCCUAUUUUGGGGGCAACUUCCAGCGUAGCUGAUGCUUCAGCAGGAGGCCAAGGUGAGACUGUCACACUGCAGGCUCAGGCCCAGGCCUCCCUCCAGGUGGUCUCUGUUCCCAGUAUUGCACACAGUGACGAUGGGAUGUACGUGUGUGCCAAGUGCCUGAGACGAGACCCUCAGACCAGCCUCCGCACAAGGACCAAGUCGGCUGAUGGUGCUGAGAUCACGGUGGAACCACCCAAGGGGCCCAGCGCGGCUUCCCUGACACUACCACAGACUCCGGACGAUGCAGGCCCAAGGCUGGACUCUACGUUCAGUUUGCCGGCAUCUUCUCAAGUGACUACAGCUGGGAGUACAAGAAAGCAGGCUUCCUAUCUAGAUUCCAAGACAAAGGUGAUGCCGACCCCCACAAGUCAGGGUAAAAUUCCCAAGUUUUCUGUUGGGGAGUCCCCAGUCAGCGCAGCCCCCCGGUGCUCUCGGGCACAGAGGCCACAGUCAUGCACGUCAGCUGGAAGGGUGGUCCAUAGCACUCCUGUCAGGCGUUCAUCUGGGCCUGCCUCUCAAAGCCUUCUCCCCAGCAUGAGGACCCCCGUGAGCACAAAACGUGCGCUGGCCAUGCCCACCCCUGCCAGCCACCGCCUCUCUGGGCUCCCGCUAAUGACACCACGGACCCUGCCACGGGCUCGGGCAUCUCCCCAGUGUGUGCGAGCUCGGAGACUUUCCUCCGAGCCCCGACAGCGAUCUGCAAGAAACGCUCCUGCAGCCGAGGGCAGCAGGCAGGGUGCCUCCAGGCCGUGGGACUCAGCGUCUGAUGACAGUGUUUCUCCCCCGUCUGCUGUGCCACAGGCACUUCGUUUUUCUCCAGAAAAGAGCGAUUUUCCUGUCACACAAAAUACCACUACAGAAGCCACUGUGACCCAGGCAGACACAGCUGGAAACACAUCCCCGGAUGAGGCUGUUCUCGUAGACGUCCAACUAGACCAGCUCACCAUCGCCCCAAAGGCCGAGAGCACGCCCCUUGCUGGCCUCCCACUCCUCGACCUGUGCGGCGCCCCAGAAGCCAGGGGAGACCGGCAACUGCCGACACCCUCGGCACCUCUGGGGUCUGGAAAUAAACCUCUGAUUGACCUCAUGACAAACACUCCAGACAUGAACAGAGAGGUUGCACUGAAGCCUUCACAAGUAGUGGGCCAGCUGAUAGACCUGGCUUCUCCUCUCAUCCAGCUGAGCCCUGCCGCUGACAAGGAGAACGUGGAGUCCCCGCUCCUCAAGUUCUGA